CGUCAACAGAUAGACUUCAUUCCUAGUUCACAAUAUAAAGCCCAGAAUCCGCAGGAAAUUGGUCGUCUUGUCAUCACUAGUUUUUUCGCCGUUCCACAACAGAAACACACCUUCUUUCUCACUUAUAAAUUAUUGACGAUUCCUUUCUUUCAUAAGAAUCAAACUCUUGAACUAGCUCAAAUUCCUCGAUAUUGGGCCAUCAACCCAACAAAUAACAUGACUAUGGAAUGGCAUGAUCCUCAAGAAUUUGGAUGCGACCUCCAGUUAAUGACAUCAUGUCGUGAUACUCCACCAAUUCAGACAAUGUCGCAAGAAACUUGCCUAGGUCAAAUAUUAGGAAGUCUUCCAUUAUCUAUUUGUGAAACAAUAGUACUCCCGCCUGCAAAAUUUUUUUUUCGACCACUAAGAGAUAACCUGUACGUUACUUCAUCAUCUGAACCUCUUCAUUGUUUGAACAUUCCAGAAACGGAAUACUCCAUCAUUCGGCAACAAACUUUGAACAUGAAUGAAGAACUAGUUCUCUCACCUGUGGCUCUUGUAAAUGUCACUCCAGGUUAUACAAUCGCAUGUCCAAAAUUCACCUUAGUAGGCCGGGCAAUACCUUCAAGUGCCCCUUCCCUCUCAAUGAUAUCCAACCAAAACCUUGUUUACCAACUUUUAACUGAUCCAAGUUUGACUGCAAUAAAAUCCAUUCACAUAGAAACAUGGUCUCCUCUUCCAACACCAUUAACAGCAUUACAUUACAACAGCAUGCCAAUCCAAACGAAAUCGAAUGUAUUCAAACAACAACAAUGGCAAGGACAUGGAAGCUGCUACCAACAACACUUACAGCCUCUGAUGUCAUUAGAAUGUGAUCCAUCAUUUCAUCAGAACUAUCGUACUAUGCCUUACCCAGUACCACUAAUGUCAUUACAACCUCAUUGUUAUCAUUCACCAUCUUCUGAUUCAAUCAAUACUCAAACAAAUCUUUAUAGCAAGCGGAUAUUCAAUCGUUUUCAUAAUAAUUCAAAACACCAUCGCCAAAUCAACCGACACAAAUAUUUUAAAAGUCAUUCUAAAAGUAAAUUCAAUCUCAAACUUAUUCAUAACAUCAACACAAAUCCACGAAUAACAGCAACAAUACAAAACGAAAUGAAAGAACCCGAAGAAUAUGAAAUACCAUCAGUAGUUGAUGAAUCUCCACUAGAUAUCGACGACAUUAUUCACACUGAUAUGAUUGAACUAACAUAA